UUUAGUAGAAGGAAAACCAAGCAGACGCAUUUUACGGCCGUUUUAGUGUUGAAUUCAUUCAAAAUGGCCAAAAGAAAGAAUAAACCGUUGAUCGAUUCUGAUUCAAGCAGCGAAUGCUCAGAUUUGGAGUCACAACUGCUAAAUCUCGCGAAAAAGAAGAAGAAAACAGAUGUUCAACCCCCACCUAAGCCAAGGAGCAGAUCCUCAGGGAAGUCAUCCGACAGUGAUUCAGAUGAUGAUAAUGAUGAAAAACCUAAUCACUCAAAGUCAUCAGCAUCAUCGUCUGAUUCUGAUUCAGACAGUGACGCCAAAAGCAAUGCAUCCAAGAGCAGAGACUCGCCUCCGAAGCGGGCUUCCUCAGAUGAAGAGUCGAAAGAGACCGAGCCAAAGAGAUCUGAAACCAGAAAGAGCAUUGAAAGUGCUGGAUCGGAGAAGAAAAAAGAUACUUUCAGUGAACCAGAGGAAGGUGAAGUAUCUUCACAUUCGUCAGACAAUGACUCCGUUGACUCUGAAGAGGAAUUUGAUGAUGGGUAUGAUGAAAAUUUAAUGGGAGAUGAAGAGGAUAGAGCUCGUCUGGCUGCCAUGUCAGAGAAAGAGAGAGAACAAGAGAUUUUCAAACGUAUAGAGAGAAGAGAUUUAAUGAAAACUAGAUGGGAGAUAGAACGUAAGCUACGCUUAGCGAGACGUUCUGCGGCUGAACGAUCUGCAUCUCCGGGAGAAAUAGCUAGAAGGAGAGAGGCCAGGAAACGGAGGAGAGCCAUGCGUGAACAGAGAUUGAAGGAGAGGGAGAAAGAGAAAGAAAGACAGCGGCAAGCUGCUGAAGCAGAAGCAGAGAAAGAGAAGGAAAAAGAAAAAGAGCCCCAGAAUGAACCAGAAGAGACGCCUCCUAGUCCUGGAGAGAUACUGGACGAAAGUAAAGAUAUGGAGACCUCAGAGAGGUCAGCCUCUCCGUUGUUUGGCUGUAAAACAGAACGGAAACGCGCCGUGGAUGACAAACGACAGAAUGCUAUGGCCGCGUUGCGAGCUCAAAGGGCUUCGAGAGUGCAAAGAGCGCCGGCUGACGCUGAAGCAGAUUUAAUAGGCGGCUCGAGCAAACAGACUGUGAAACUUAAAGCUUCAGAUAUUUAUUCGGACGACUCCGGCUCUGAAUCUGAAGAUAAUAAAUCAGCUCGGAGAAGUUCCACGAGUUCAUCCUCGUCCGGUGCAGAAGAAGAAGAGAGAGAGAAGAAACGACAAGAAGUGGAAGUCAGAUACGCCGACACCAGGGAACAAAUCAACAAACUGCGCUUAAGCAGAUUCAAACUGGAAAGACUGGUCCACUUGCCGUUUUUCACUCGUGUUGUCACAGGGUGUUUCGUCAGGAUCGGCAUAGGGAAUAACAACGGGAAUCCUGUAUACAGGGUGGCAGAGAUCAUAGACGUGCACGAAACUGGGAAGGUUUAUAACUUGGGCAACACAAGAACAAAUAAAGGCUUCAAAUUGAGGCACGGAACUCAGGAUAGAGCGUUUAGAUUGGAAUUCGUCAGUAAUCAGGAAUUCACGGACGGAGAAUUUCACAAAUGGUACAAAGCUCUAAAGGACGCGAACAAGAAGCCGCCCACCAUGGACUUCGUCAGGAAUAAGAUCAACGAAGUCAAGCAGGCGCUCAUGUACGAAUUUAAGGAAGAAGAUAUUGAGAAAAUAGUGGCAGAGAAGGAGAGGUUCAGAUCUCACCCGACCAACUAUGCGAUGAAAAAGACGCAACUUAUGAAAGAGAGGGACGUGGCACAACUGAGGGGUGACGAUGAACUGGUGAUGGACCUGAACUCCAAGAUCGAAGAGUUGGAGGAGCGCGCCAACCAGCUCGAUAAGACGCGGACCUCGUCCAUACAGAGCAUCUCGUACAUCAACAACAGGAACCGGAAGCUGAACGUUGAAACCGCCGAGAAGGCUAUCAUGGAAGAGGUCAAAGCGAAUAAAGGAAAGAAAACAGACGACCCAUUCACGAGGCGGCACACCAAACCCGUCAUGAACUUUAAAUCACAAAGCAGCAGGAGUCAGGAGCUAAUAAGCAAUCAGCAGGCCGCAGCCGUGGAAGCCCAGAUACAAAUUGAGGAAGAGAGGAUGGAGAAGGAGAAAAUUGAGAGAGAUAGACUUGAAAACCACGAGGAGUCGAAGAGGUCCCGCGGCGAGCACCCCACGUCCAGCGACACCAGCCUGUACUCGCUGCACGACUUCGAAAUUAACAUAGACCUAGAUCUACCCGCAGCAAAAUCCGUGUCGAGCCAGCCGAAGCAGGUGACGACGAAGGUCAAGGAGACGGGGCCCAAGCGCUCGCUCAACCUCGAGGAGUACAAGAAGAGGCACGGGCUCAUUUGAGUGUCGCCGCCGCCCCGCGGUCCCCCGCCCGGCCCCCCGACUGGGAACCAUCCGGUGUGCUUUGGAUUCGUGAAGAUAAUUAAUACAAAAGUGAAGUUCAACUGUGGAAGUGUGUCGGAGCGAAAAGCGCGCGAGUGUUGCCAGGAAUUUGAAGUUGUGUUUGUGCAGUGGCAACACUGAACUCAUUGCAAUAGUGUCGAGUGAUAUUGAGCCUCUGUGAAGUUAAUUUUAAUCGAUGAUUGUGCGAACAAAUAUACAUUAGGACUCGAAUGAUACGUUGAUUUUAAUGAAAAUGUUUGAGUUAUGGCGUCGUGAUCUUACCGCCAAGUGGGACUUACAUAACGAACCUACCUUACUAUAGACACACGCAUACUCAUGUUACUUAUUGCUCAGUCAAGUAACGUGCUAACGACUCGUCUGGCAGUAAGUUGUUCGUGUAGCAACGCGAUCGCCGCCAGCUGCCUUGAGGCUUGAGGUCUGCGUCUCAACAGUCACUAUCAAUUGAGGUUACCGCCCCAGCUCAUUGAAGCCUUUAUUCUCAUGCAUCAUCAUAUCGAGGGUUGAUAAUUCUAUUUAAUGAAUCAAUUUCUUGGUAUGGAGGCGUCUUCAGUAAACACGCGAUCGAAAUACAAAUUCCACCUUUAGAAAUUAAAUGGCUUAACAAAUUCUUUUAAAGAAAAUGUUUUAUACUUUGUACGACUUACAAUCAAUAUCGUCGCUGUCAAACCAAAAUCUGCUAUGUAAAUUUUAUAUGAAGUUGAAUUUUUAAGAACUAUAUCAAAUGAAAGCCGUAAAUUAAU